CACAGCGCCAGGCUCGAGAUGCGACAGAGUCUGUAAAUUAACUAAAUCCUUCGAUACACGUUUAUUCUAUCCGUCCUCUAUUAUUAUUAUAGAAAUAUUUUUAUUAGAUAAAAUAAUAAAUAUAAUAUUUAUGUUGAAUAUUUUGCAAUAUGUAUCUUAUCGACUACAUAUGCAUUUUACAUGUACCUUAUGCAAUUUGACGUUACUCGUCUUACGUAAAACACUUAUCUAUUUUAUUAUUUGCACUGCACAGUAGCAGCGGCAAGAAAAAAAUCUUUAUUCGCAAAUAUAUAUUUUUCUUCAAAACCCUGAUAAUUAUUUCACAAAAACUUUUUACAUAAUUUGGUCUUCAUUCGUGCUUUAUUUAGGUAAUAAGUAAAGGCUCGAUAAGAAAUUUAAUUAAUUGUAAGAUUUGUUACAUAUCAAGCAUAGUAAAGUAAGUAUGUAAAUACUACCGAAUUAGCCAUUGAAUAUCAAAAUACAAGAAAGAUCUUUUAUUUCCGUUGGUGAUUGUCGGUAAUAAAGUGGGCUAAUAAAAUAUAUUGAUCAUCAGAGCAUUUUCGUUUGAAACGUUUACAUCUUUUUUUAAUAAAAAUAUCUUGUUAUGGCCGGGUACAAUUUAAAAGAUGCUGACGAAGUGAAGGAAUAUUUAAAGAAUCUUCACAUUGAAUAUAAAUUUGGUUGCUAUAGUGAGAAAAAUCCUGAAGCUUGUCAUUUACUAGGGGACUAUGAAGAAAGUAUUACUGAGGAUUUGAAAAAGGCUGCCGACAUAUAUAAGAACAAUUGUGACGAAAGAAAUUAUUCUAGGAGUUGUGCAAAAUAUGGAAGUUUCAGGGUGGUCGGUAGAGGAUGCGAUAAAAACAUUGCAGAUGGUUACAAAUAUAUGAAGAAGGGGUGUGAACUCAAUGAUGCACGGGGUUGUUAUCACGCAGGUGUUGUUGGAGUAAGUCCUGAAAAAGUUGAAGAAGACAGAGCCACUCAAGUUGCAAAUGGAAUGAAAAUGCUUCAAAAAGCUUGUGACUCUAAUCAGCCCGAUGCAUGCUUUCAUUUAUCAGGCAUUUAUUUAAUAGGAAUAGAGGGCUAUGUUAAAAAGAAUUUAAAAGAAUCAUAUAGAUUGUUUGUAAAUUGUUGUGACAACGGAAAUCCCUACGCUUGUGCAAAUUUAUCUUUAAUGUAUAAGAAUGGUCAUGGUGUGAAACAAGAUAUAGAAAAGUCUAAUACCUAUAGUCAACGAGCUGCUGACUUAUUCUAUGAAUUGGAGAAACAGACAAAACAAUUAAAAUUCCAUGCAGGCAUUGAGCCAUAAUUAUUUAUUGUUAAAAUUAGUUGUACAUUAUGAAUAAAUAUUGUUGUAGAUAUUCAGUUAA